GCCAGCAACGAAAAAAAAUUUCGAGCAUUUCCAGAGAGGAGAUUGUGGCUUCCCUAAUUGCUUGCCCUGGAGAUCGGAAUCAACAAGAGAAGUCAGUCUUAUAUAUCAGCCAAGAAAGCCUUCCCUUUCCUCCCAUUAGCCAAUUAAGAAAUUUACAGACACAUAGCCAUCACGAGGUGCAUCAGUUUUCUUCAAGGAAUUCGGCUGUUUCUCUGUUUGUCUUUCCCUGUGACUGAGGCCUUUGGAGUUGCAUUAUGUUAUCAGCGGCCUUAGUUACUUUGGUGAGAAGUGGAGGGAACCAGGUGAAGAAGAGAGUGUUGUUAAGCUCUGUUCUUCUGCAGGACAACAGGCAGGUGACUCCUGCCUGCUACAGCUCCACUUCGGAGCCCAGGUGUUCUCGGUUUGACCCAGACGGAAGUGGGCAGCCAGCCACUUGGGACAAUUUUGGAAUCUGGGACAACCGCAUUGACGAGCCAAUUUUGCUGCCGCCUAGCAUCAAGUAUGGCAAGCCAAUUCCCAAAAUCAGCCUGGAGAAUGUGGGCUGCGCCUCCCUCAUUGGCAAACGGAAAGAAAAUGAAGAUCGAUUUGGGUUCGCACAGCUGACUGAAGAGGUGCUGUACUUUGCAGUGUACGACGGGCAUGGGGGACCUGCAGCUGCUGACUUCUGUCACACACACAUGGAAAAAUGUGUUAUGGAUUUGCUUCCUCGGGAGAAAGACCUGGAAACUGUACUGACGUUGGCCUUUCUAGAAAUAGAUAAAGCCUUUUCAAGUUAUGCCCACCUGUCUGCUGAUGCAAGCCUCCUGACCUCUGGGACUACUGCAACAGUCGCCUUGUUGAGAGAUGGUAUUGAACUGGUUGUAGCCAGUGUUGGAGACAGCCGGGCUCUUUUGUGUAGAAAAGGAAAACCCAUGAAGCUGACCACUGACCAUACCCCAGAAAGAAAGGAUGAGAAAGAAAGGAUCAAGAAGUGCGGUGGGUUUGUAUCUUGGAAUAGUUUGGGACAGCCCCACGUCAAUGGCAGACUUGCAAUGACAAGGAGUAUUGGAGAUUUGGAUCUUAAAGCCAGUGGUGUGAUAGCAGAACCCGAGACAACAAGGAUUAAGCUCUACCAUGGGGAUGACAGCUUCCUGGUCCUCACCACAGAUGGGAUUAACUUCAUGGUGAAUAGUCAGGAGAUCUGUGACUUUGUCAACCAGUGCCAUGACCCGAAUGAAGCAGCCCAUGCCGUGACCGAGCAGGCAAUCCAGUACGGUACCGAGGAUAACAGUACUGCAGUGGUGGUACCCUUUGGUGCCUGGGGAAAGUACAAGAACUCCGAGAUAAACUUCUCAUUCAGCAGAAGCUUUGCCUCCAGUGGACGAUGGGCCUGAUCGCCAGCCUGCACUCAGUGUUCCUAUGCAGCCGUGUGUGUCAGUGGGCAUAUCAAGAAACUGGUAAUACCCAAAAGGACGCCUGCACCCGUGUGUCCUUGUGACCUGAUAGACCCCAAUACAAUGUAAGCUUACCAGCCAUGUACACGGUAGUAUUUUCAUAAAUCGUCAUCAUCAUCAUGUUCAACUGUACAUGCUCUGUGUAAGCAUCAUGACAAAGCUGUGAAGAAUUUGUGAGACUCGGAGCUGAGUGGAAGAGGAAGUGGUUUUGGUACACUUGAUGAAUGAUAAAUCUAUGCGUUUUGUUUUGUGAUGCUAGAGAUUGGAUCUGGGGCUUUCUAAUUCUUAAGAUCACCAGGGCAGAUCCAGUUUCUGUUUAAUGAUUUUUGUUCUUAAUUCAGUUAGACAGGCUUUUCUGAAUUUUGACAGCUAGUCAAUGUGCUGUUUGCAACUGUUUCUUUUUUUCUUUCUUUGUUUGAAACAGUUCUCACUGGCUGGCCUUGAACUCCUGGUUCAAACAGUCCUCCUACUUCAGUUUCCUGGGUACCUGGGACUGCAGGAUGCUCCAACUGACAAGUGUUUUUGUUUUCACUUUUAAUUUUUUUAGAGCAGAACAAGCAUAGGUUUAUUAAAGAAAAGUUCUCCCAGGAGAUGCAGGAAUUCCAAGGGAGGAAUACCCACAAGUGUUAUUUUUUAAUAAAUAAAGCACCAAGGAGUGAAAAUGAAAUUAGUAACCGAAACCUUCCCUGUAUCUUAUCUUAUACUCUGGACCACUUAGUAGAUUUAACCCUGCAAAAGAAACUUCUCCCGACAAAAGAUAUGGCUAAAGUGUAUACAUAUUUGUAAAUAGCUCUCUUGUGUAUUUCAGCUAUUUUUAGCCCCUUCCCCAUCCAUUCCUAUUUUUCUGUAGUUAAAUAUGUAGUUAAAUAGCUCCAAUUGUUCCUUAAUCUCCCUAGGAGAAUGUAUAGACUCUUCGAUCAAAGCAUAUACCGUCAAACACUGACAGUGUUUGUGUUCGUUGACGGGGUAUAUAAGUUUGUUGUUGUGUGUUAUGUAUAGUAUGUUUAUAUCACUUUUUGUGCACCUAGUAAGCAAGCUGGGUCAUUUGUUAAUAAAGAUAAUAUUACAAUGACUGAUACUGUUAUAGACAUAGCUUGAGGUUUAUGUCUCCAUUUUCCUCAUUGCUGAGAUUUAUGAGGAAGAAUAAUUCUUUAAAAAAGGAUAUUCAAACACAUCAGCUUGCUGUGUAAAUUAGGAAUGUAAAAUUAUACUCAUUUUGACCUGCAUAUAAAUUUGCUGUCAAACUGUGAAUCCUUAAAUGUGUGUGUUUGGUAUUAAUCUAAAGUUUAUUUUCACAAACUGUAUACAUUUGGUAUAUGUGUGAUGAGUGUAUAAAUAUUUUGAAAUAAUAUAAAAUUAAAGGGAACAGACUUGUGAGCCUUUAUCAAUUAGCUUUAAAUUAUUGAUGUAUUUAUCCUGAAGGACACUCAAUAGAUUGAGUGGCUUUCUGUAGUAAAGAAUCAGUGGUUGUUAGUAGAUAAUCACUGUGGAUUAAAAAUAUAUAUGGGGGCCAGACGUGGUGGCCUAUACCUAAAUCUCAGGACUUGGGAGGAGGAGGUAAGAGAACCAGGAUGGUGACUUUGAGAUCAGCCUGGGCUACAUAACAACUUCCAGGGGAGCCUCAGUAACAGUUUGUCUCCCCAAACAAAAUAUCAACCACAAAUGGCUAUAAGAGACAUUAUAUUGUGUGUAAUUUAUGUGGAUAACCAAAGAACAGAAGCAGCCACAUUGUGUGAUAAUUUGAAUAUAAAAUUAUGAGAUAUGAAAAGAUUAGGGAAUGUAAAGAAUGACAUGGAAUUUUGAGGCAGGAACAAGAAAGAAAUAAUGAAAUAUACAUGCCUUCAGGUCUGAUGUGUUUUCUUCCUUUAACUUUUGUUUUAAAUAUGUAGUAGAAAGGUGUCCCAAAAUAAAUUUUCUCAUCUUCUUCUUGGAGAAUGAAAGAAAAUACAUUUUGACUUUACCUACCUAUGCUAGUUAGAACAGGCUCAAUAGAGUAUUUGAGGUCUUUUCAUGGACAUUAGUUGAAAGGAGGAAAACAUUUGCCAGGUGUGUUAGCUCGUGUGUGCAGUUCCAACACGUAGGAGGCUGUGACAGAGGAAUCCUGAAUUCACUAUGAGCUACAAAGCAAGACCCCAUCUCAGGAGACAACCAAAAUCCACAGGAAAGAGUCCAGUUUGUGCUCACUGUCUGAAAUGGAGAAGUACAGGCAGAUUAGUGGAGCUGAGACGCUUUCUCGUUGAAUCAGGUGUGGGGACAAAAUUAUGAAAACAACUUUUAAGAGCAUGGAGAACUUGUAAACCAUGUGCAUAGCAAAAUUCUCAAGCACAAAAAGCCUCUGGUGUGUAGGCUCCAUUUCUGUCCUGAAUUCUGUGCAUUACUGGCCCUACCCCCAUGCCUUCUUCUUUUUUU